AUGUCCCGAUGGGUUACGAACAACAAUAAUUUUGAGUUGUAUUGGAGCGUCGCUGUUUCCGUGCUGAAUUAUUUGUUCUUAACGGAAAGCGCGAGGACGCCAGGAAAAACGAUUCAGGCGUUCGAAAAAACACGAAAAGCUUUGCGGCGAAGAAAACAGAUUUGUUUCGGCCUUGCAAUUCAAGUUCCCCCGAAAAAUGUUUUAAAUUCGAAGAGUUGCCGAAUUGCUGCUGAAUGUAUCGAUAUUCUCGCAAAUACGUCGUUGAUUUUGUGUGAUUCUGCAAAAGACCUAUGGACGAAUAAUUAUAGCUCAGAGAUUCAAGAACUACUGCAACGAGAUCCCGAGAAUCCCUCAAAAUUGUUUGUCGAGCAACGUGAUAAUGAAGAUUUCGACGUCAUUUUUGAGACUCUUAUUGGAUUAUUUCGACUGCAUUGCAGCGAAAUAGCGCGAGUGAUAUUGCUUGAAAUAAUCCACGCCAAAUCAUUUUUUCACAUAUUGUCCAUACUUGAAAUAUUUAGAAAGAUGAUGAGAAAAUUGCGGCACGAAAUUAGAAAAAUACAAGAAAUUGAAGUUGCGUGCUGGAAAAAAGAAAAGCAGGGAUGUUCGAUUAAACGAAAAGAAAAUGAUGUGAAUAUUGGGAAUAUGGACAAAGUUGCAGUGGCGUUGGAGAGUUUGCUUGAGCAAAUCAGAAAAAACGAAAUGCGAAGCGAUCAAUUGGAGUUGUCACUUCGACGUAUUCUUGUAAUGAUCAGCGAGCAAUUAGUCACGUGUCCACAGAUUUCCGAUAAAUCUGAAAAAGUUCUGCUUUCAUUGGAAGAACAUUCGGAUGCAAUUCCAUUUGAGAAACGUGAUGACACCGAUGAAGACAUGGUAUUUGAAGGGUUCACUCUAACAGAAGAUGAGAAGAACAAAAAUCGAUCAGCGAUAUGUCGCGAUGUUCUGCUAGAUGGAAUCGAAAACAGAAAACACGAAGCUAGUCUGAUGGGAGAGCUCCAACAGGUUCUACAACCGAGAAGGAGCGAUUUCGAACAACGGGAAAAGGCGGCGCUGGCAAAGUUCUAUGGAAUCAAGGUCGACGAAUUAGAAGAGAAAGAGACACAAGAAAUAGAUUAUCAAGGCAUUGGGCAAGGUGUCGAAGAGCCAAAUGAGACAUAUGAUUGGAGAAAAGAAGCUGAAGAGAAUAUCGGCAUUCAUACGGCAUCUGGAGAUGACACAUUCUUACAGACGCUGGCAGCAAGAUGUGUUCAACAGAAUACUAUUGAAUAA